AUGAACGAGCGAAAUGAGAUUAUAGAAAUGGCAUAUCAGAAAUUAAAAGAUUUAUUGUCAACAGUAGCGGAAACUACUAACCUAGCAGGACGAGGUACCGAUAUAAAAACCGAUCAAACCGAAAAAAAUGGCGAUCUUUAUGUUAUUCUCACGUUUAUGCCAUCUAAUAAACGUGUUGAAGAACAAGCAUUCGGUAGAACCGCACAACAAGGUAAACGAGGCACAAGCCAAAGAAUAUUGAAUGUUACGAAUUUAAUUCAUUAUGAGGAAUUUGAUAUGCAGAAAAUCACAGAGCUAAGAGAUAGAAUUGAAGCGAAAAUGUUAAGCGACUUUGAAAAGUAUGAGUUAAAAGUAAUCAGAGAAGGAAGUGAUUUAGUUUUAGAAAUAAAAAAUAAAGUUAAAAAUGUAUUUACAAAUGUCACUCCUUCGGUUUAUGAGUCAAAUGUACUUCUCAGCAUUGAAGAACAAUGGGCAAUGUUUUUACGUAAAAUCGAUGAUCAAAAAUCCUGUAUCGACACAGAAAAAGUUCAUAUAGAAUAUGCAGAAUUUAGAGAAAAAAUCAUUAAAGAUUACAAUGAUAAUUGUGUUAUUAAAAAUCCUUACUACCAUAUUGUCAUUGUCAAUGACUUCAUCAUCAAUGAUUCUAAUCUAAACAGUAAAUAUAAGCAAGCGAUGGAACAUUUCAAAUGCGCUAUAAAACUUGAUCCGAAACAUAGUGCGGCUACUUUUGCUGGAAAAGGCUGGUUAUUAUUACAAGGUAAAGAAAGAUUCGCUCGAGGACAGAAACAAGACUUAGGUUAUAAAGAAGCAGCUAUCAAGAAAUUUCACAGAGCGCUUGAAGUUUUGAGUGAAGAAAUGGCUGCACCAACAAUUAUGCAAACGCUUCUACAGCUAAGAUAUGACUACUCUAUCUAA